AUGCCCCUCACCGUUCCUGGCUUCCACACCAACACGCCGCUGGACGCGACCUUCGACAAGGACAUCCGCGACCUGCACCUAAUCUACGACUACGACGCCGAGUCGGCGGACGGCAAGCCGGAAAAGUGGCGCUACGAGCUGUGGUUCUUCUCGCACGACCGCGUGGUGUACGCCAUCCACGGCGGCCCCAUGGCCGGUCGCACCAACUACCAGACGUGCGCGUACCAGUGCGUCCGCCCGGGCGAGCUGUGGCAGUGCAACUGGCUGAAGGAGACGGGCACCAUUGUGAGUCUGGUGUUCGACAUCAAGAAGCAAAAACUCACGACCAUGAUCGCCUUCUCCAAGUGCCACUGGGAGCACCCGGUGGAGGCCCACGGCGACAAGCGCAACGCCUCGGAUUUUGCUCGCUGGCGAAAGCUGGCUGACCUCGGCAACCAGAAGGACCGACUGCUGCUGUGCGAGCAGGCUGACAUCGUCGAGGCGUUCAAGGGCAAAGGAAGCCUGGAGCCCAUCGCGCCGGACGCCGAGACGCUGUAA